AUGCCCAGAAUAAAGAAUUUAGCUCAAUGUCCUCCUAUGAAAUCCAACAAGGAAAAGAGGCAAAAAACCUCUAGUCCCCUGCCUGAACGAGCCACGAGUCCCUCACCAGAAAGACCCAAUAGAAACUUAUCCACGGACCUCAAAAGACAGUUGAGGUAUGAAGAGAUCAAGCACUGGGUCUUUAUCACAGAAAGGAAGGUGGAAUUAUAUCCAGGGGAAUUUGAUCCCCUCUUGAUUGGCCUUAUAAGAAGGCAUUGGAACUGGAUAUUAGCUAACCUUCUGCCCAAGUUUGAUCUGGAGAUUGUUAGACAAUUCUAUGCUAAUGCUUAUCCCUCAAAUGACCCUGGAGACAAGCGGUCUAAGGUAAAAGGUGUUAGAAAAAGAGGUUGUGAUUAA